CCUAUAGUUUUAUUUUCAAUUUCAGGGCUUGGCAGUCACAGACCAGGAGAUGGUUAAGACUUAUGGUGAUGUUGUUGGAGUUUAUAUGGGACACUCACCUCUGCUGUUGGUGUCAAAUCCAGACACAAUUAAAGAAAUAAUGGUUAAGGACUUCUCAAGAACUCCCAACAGACCAAAGACGUUCAUUACAAGAAAUGAGAUGAGUCACAGCCUGAUAAAUACGGACAAUGACCAUUGGCGAUUUCUCAGGAACACUCUGCUGCCUACUUUUUCUUCGGGUAAAAUGAGAAUGAUGGAACCAUUAUUUAAAGCAAAGUACGAACAAUUACUGGAAAAUCUUAAUAAUAAAGUCAAAACUGGAAAACCGAUAGAGUUUAAAGAGGUAUUUGGUGCUUACACGAUUGAUGUUAUAGCCUCGACUGGAUUUGGUGUCGACAUCGACUCUCAGAAAAAUGCCGACAGUGACUUCGUCAGACAUGCCAAGACAUUCUUCAAUAUUUCGUUUAGCCCAGUCCUAUUAUUAAUCCUAAUGUUUCCAAAAUUUGAUGCUGUGUUGGACUGGUUCGGGAAAUCCCCUUUGAAUCGACUUGAACCUAUGUCUUUCUUCAGAAAUGUCGUCCAACAAGUCAUUGGUCUCCGAAAAGAUGACAAAGAGAAACGCAAAGACCUGCUGCAGAUGAUGUUGAAUGCGCACCACGACACUGAUGUUAACGAUAAUGAAGUAAAACAGAGUUACGUAGAUGCUGACAAAUGGAGGACAAGAGGCUUAUCGAUGGAGGAGGUGCUGGGGAAUUCCAUUCUGUUCAUGUUAGUGGGGUAUGAUACCACCUCUAACGCCCUGACCUUUGCCUCUUAUAACCUCGCUACAAACCCAGAAUGUCAGGAAAAGCUGAUUGAAGAGAUCGACACCGUUCUGGGAAAGGAGUGCCCUAAUUAUGACAACAUACAGAAACUGGACUAUCUAGACAGAGUGUUCUGUGAGUCACUCCGGCUGUACCCCUCCGCUGCCAGGACUAACAGACUAGCUGAGUCAGAUGUUGUCAUUGAAAAUUACACAAUUCCAAAGGGCACUGAUAUUUCGUUCCCCAUAUACAGCAUACACAGAGACCCCAGGUACUGGGAGGACCCUGAGAAGUUUGAUCCAGACAGGUUUACCCCAGAAAACAAAGCUAAGAGACAUCCCUAUGCUUAUCUCCCGUUUGGGCAUGGACCACGCAGCUGUAUAGGCAUGCGCCUUGCCCAAGUGGAGAUGAAGUUCGCAAUGACCUACAUUCUUCAACACUACAGAUUUAAAACUUGUGCAGAAACGGAGAUUCCACUGACAAUAUCCAAAGCAGGACUCUUGAAACCAGAAAACGGUGUCAAACUAUUGCUGGAACCCCGAGAGUGAACAUUAUAUUCACAUCUGUACAGUUAAUACUGAACAUGAUCGUGUAUUAAAACAGAUGAAAAUAUAUCUUGUAGGUUUAAAACUUUCUUUUACUUGUACUUGUAUAUUGUAUUAUAAACGUGGAUCAUUAAUGUAUAGAAAAUUAUUUGCCAUUGUACAUGUACAUGAAAUUAAUGUGAUUUUGUUUUCUAAGUAUUUGAAGUGUUUAUUACAUGUGUUUAGAAUAGCUAGAGGAUCCCUGGGUAUAUACAUAAUAAAAAUUUAAAUGAUAGAUAUUUUUGUACUUAUUAAUUGGCUUUGUAAUAUAAUGAUG